GCGCUGAACAACGAGGCAGGUCCCGCGCCUUCGGCGCGCUUUCUGUUUUUUCCGCUGUGCUUUCAGCUCUUCAGCAAGACCCAUCGGGUAGAGUGCCCUGAUUGAAGGAGCACCAUUAUCGCUCCGUCGUCAUCGUCUUGAAGAUCAUGGCAACCGUAGCAGUAUCCGUCCAAGCCGUUUUAGCGGUUUUUGUCGUUUUCUGCGGCGUUGCUGGCGCCAUGAUGCCGGGCCAAUAUGGUUCCCAGCCCCCUUCCCCAUAUAUGCAAGGUCUGCUGGGUGGCGGCGCUACGCCGCUAGGAGGCGGAAUGGCGCCCAGCGCGGUACCGAGAGCGGCAACUAUGUCUGGUGCGGCGGUUGCUGGGCCGGACAUCGCUGCAAUGUUACUCCAGAUGCAACAAGACCUGGCCGGGGUCCGCGCGCGCCUAAAUAGUCAAGGUCAGGACCACUCGGCUCGCCUGGAGCAGAUUGCGGCCGUCAUUGUGUCUCGAGUAGGCUCCAAGACUUGGCAAUCGUAUGCGUCUCAUUUCGCGGCAUUCGUGCGUUUCUGCGUCAGUGAAGACCUUGAGUUCUUGCCGGCGUCCCGGUAUACCGGGUUGUUGUGGGCACAGUACCUGGCUGCCCGUGGUUCUGUUCGGGCUCGCACCGCGCAGCCCUACUUCAGCGCGGUUAAUACAGUGCACGUUUUGUUAGGGCUGGCUAAGCCGUGUGAUGGGGAUAAUGUGCUGUUGUCGGCGUUCCGUAAGGGCUGGGAGCGGCUGCAGGUCUCACUGGCCCCUACCUCGUCCCUUGUCCUCGCCUUCAGUGCUUCGGACGCCUGGAGGCUAUACGACCGGCUCCCGUCCGUCCCGGUUGCGUCGGAUUUGUUUGUCCCUCUUUUGUUCGUCGUCCUUGGCUUCUGUCUAUUUUUGCGUCCCGACUCCUUGCUGUCUGUCGUCUGGGCGCGGGUUUCGGUUGUUGAUGAGGAGCCUGUGUUUCAGUACAAGCCUUUGCACUGGAAAGGCCGUAUUACAGCCCCUGAGUUGGCCCCGGUGUUGCAGUUCCCGCUGGGGGGCCUCCCGUUUCUCCGGGUUGCCCUCCUGCAGAAGCUGUCCCGGGACCCUGCGCGUUUAUGGCCGGAGCGCCAGACGACUCAGGGGGCCGAGCGUUGGUUCGAUCGUGUUUUGGCGCAGUGUGGCCUGGAGGGCCUUCGUUCCGUCCACACCCUUUAUAGUUGCGGCGGGGUGGUGCCUCGGCCGCCCCUAUGGCAGAUCAAGCCUGACACAAAGCAACCUGACCAUCAGCCCGACAACAUUGAAGUUUACAAGUAUGGUGACAAGAGUUUAGACGCCCCUGCCUACGCUAAUGUUCUCAAAGAAGCUAAGGCAAAGCAGCGCGCGUCGUGUCAACAAGCGCCCUUCCACUAUAGUGACGGCACGUUCAUACAGGCCUUUCGGUUCCGUGAGGCAGGCCACACCAGCACUGCCAAGCCCAGCUUAGACAAGUAUUCAUCAUGGAGGACAGAGAGCGCGGGCGAGCGCGUGACGUAUAUGUGUGCGUUCCUUUGCAUGAACAUGCAUCAGGCAUACACGAGCUCAAGUCAGCAGUGCGAGAUCAGCCACAUCCACCACAUACAUUGCUGGUUCCCUCAACGUGGUCUCCAGUGGUUUCCAGUGCUGAUUGACACAGGCAAUGCCCCGUCACGCUCCUCUCGUACUCCGUGA